GCUGCCUGCCGCUGUCAGGUCACGAAAUUUCCCAACUCAUCAACUGCGCAAACACCUGUCCUCGUCGGCCUCGACCCUGCCCGCCCCCUGCGCGAGGGUAUUAGUAAAAGACAAUACAGAUGUCCUCGAAGCGCAGAUACGCGGCCUCUGACGUUAACGACGUCGUCGAGCCGCCUCAAAAGCGCAGCAGGAAGCCCAACCCGAAGACGCGCGACCACCAGAACGCCUACAUCGACCCGACAUGGGGCCAGAAAUACGUCUUCUCGUCGGCCGCGGGCUCGACGACGGUCCCCGUGGACCCGGAUCUGGACUUUGAAGACGACACGGAUGCCAUGGCGUAUCUGAAAUCAGUAAGGACGCAAGCAAACGGCAUUCCCCACCUCCUCGUCGCGCCCAAGGUCCCGAUCGGCCCCCAGCUACCCAAAGAGCUACAAAAUGAUGACGAUGAAGCUGAAGAAGGCGAGGCCGUCGAGGAGGAUCGCGACAUCUACUCCACCGGCCAGGGCGACUUUAGGGGAUACUAUCAAGACGGCGCAUACAUGGCCCGGCCUGAUAACUGGGUCGACCACCGCGCCGCCCGCGAACACGACGCAGAGGGCGGCGAAUGGCAAGGCAACGAAGGUAUCUACGACGUUGAUGACGUGGAGGAGGACAAUACGGAUCCUGAAGCGGCUAUUCGCGAGGCCUAUUUCGCCGCGAUCCUCUCCCAAUUCAACGCCCUCCGCAAGACCCUCCACGCCACACCACCGCCGGACAUCGUGGCCGCCCUUCCGCACACUCACGGCUACCACGUCGGCGCCUUCGGCCCGAAGUCGGGCACAUUCGCCAUCUGGUCGCAGCGCCUGCGCGCCACCGACCCUCACCCAGCGCAAGUGGCGAGCAUGAAUAAGGACGGCGUGCUGCGCGUCGUACGUGUGCUUCUAGGCGGCAGCUUCCUCCGUCGGGGCGCCGAGCUGGGGGAGCGCACGAGCCGCUGGCUGUGGGCGCUGCUCGCGCGGCUACCGGAGCGCGGGGGGCUGAACCACGCCGAGACCGGGUGGGUGCGGGACCUGGGCCGGCGGGCGGUACUGAUGAUGCAGAGCCUAGCGGACAUGGCAGCGCUGAGAGACGCGCUGGAGGGGGAGGGGAUGGACUUGGGCGUCCACGACGCCGUCGACGAAAGCUCGGACGACGAGGACGCGCUGAGGGAGAUGGAUAUCGAGGAGAGGGACGGGGAGGAGCCGGACGGUGAUGUGAAACCGGGGGAGGAGACGCCCAGUGCCGCAUCCGAGGUCCCAGCCGAGACAACGAAGCUGACUGAGGAGGCUGAUCCCACGUCGGAGAAGCCCACCGUCGACGACGGCGAAGUCGAAGAUGGGGAGAUCGACGAGGAUGACGACGACGACCAAAAGUCCGAGGCGAUGGACGUGUCGGAGGAUGGCGAGGUGGACGAGGGCGAGAUCGAGGAGGACCCUCCGGCCCAGACGCUGGAGGAGGCCAGGGCCCGGCUGCUGGCUCAGCUGGACACGGCGGCCGAGGAGGCGCCGUCGGAAGCACCGUCGGAGGAAGCGAUUGCUGAGGUCGAAGACGAGGAAGGGACGGCCGACCAGCUGCGGGCGAGGAUGAACAUGCGGGUGACCCUCACCAUGAUCCUGACGGUUGCCGGCGAGUUCUAUGGGCAGCGAGACCUGCUCGAGUUCCGUGACCCCUUCACAGGUAUGUGAGAGAAGAGGGAAGGGGGUGCGGCGCGAAGAAGGCCGGCAGUAAGGAAUUCGCUCCCAAAAUUCGUAAGUGUACAAUUUGCUGGCUCAAAGGUGCAUUCCAAAGAGCAUGCUAGCCUAUGAUAUCAAAACAACAAUGGUGGACAAGCCACCCGGCCUACGAGUAAAUAGGCUUAAUACAAACAAAUCCACGAUCCAUAAGCCCGAGCGUAACCCUCUCUUCCUCCCUGUCUUCUUGAACGACGAAAAACAAAUGUCCUCAUAGCAGCUCUUGCCGAGUACGGAUGAAGCCAUCCCCCAGUAUCUGUGCAAUACCAACUCCGGACGCCCACGUACCCGUGCAUCACUUCAAGCACCGCAUCGUACAGCAAAAUCUCCCCAUCGUCAUAUCCCCUAUGCAUCGCUCAUAUCGGCGUCCGGCGAGACGAGAAAGUCGGCCUCGUCAAAGUCGUCGACGACCAAGUUCUCCUGCUCGACAUCAGGCUUACGGCGGCUCUUCCUCGGCACCGCGAAUGGACGGGCAUUUGCCCACCCGGACGCAGUCAGGCUACGCGAGCCAAGUUCGCUCUCCAGCGAUGCCGUGCGGCUAGUCCAUACCUGAACAGGCCCGUUGGUGUCCUCGUCGGCGAAGAAACGCUUCUUGCUCCGCGGGUCACUAGCCGUGUCCUCCACGCUCUCGACGGUCUCCUGGGAGCUGGUCAGACCCGGCAUGUCGUCUAAGCUAGGCACGCAGUCCUCCUCCUCGCUGGCGUGCGCCGGCUGGCUCGCUAGACCGCCGACCUUGUUGAUGCCGCAGAACGGCAUAAGCUCAAGCUGGGCCGCAGCGCUGCGGCGGGUAGCGGUGGAUGUGGAGUUAUUCAAGGUGCCGGCGGCUUUGGUCGUCCGGACGACGGGAUCGCGGUGGUCCGAGGCAUCGCUCCACAGCUUGAAGCCGCUGUAGGUGCCCGUCUUGUAGCCCUCGGGCACGGACUUGCGCACGCGCAUGCCGACGGAGAGGAGGUUGGACUGUACUUCGGAGGGGAGGAUGUCGGAGGCCGGGGUAGGCGAGGACUCAGCUGGGGGUGCUGGACCGGAACGGGUGGUGAAGAAGGAUGUGAUUUGGCGCUGGGUUGGGUCGCUUGAUGCGCCGGCGAAGGGGCGCUUCGUCCGCGGGGCCGACAUCGUCGCGCAACGGAAGGGAAGGUCUAGAAUCCAGGCCAGUGCUACUAUGUUUCCAGAUAUGUCGGAAUCGACGUUGAAGUGCCGCUCGGUGUGAGAUUGUGCUUUGGGUAGGUAGGUAUUGGUAGGUUGACUUUUGGUCUUUGUUGGUAGAUGGAAAGGAUCGCGAAAUGACGGAGUUCGAAGUGAGUGGAGAGUUUUCAAUUUGUCGCUAGGGAAAAAAGAAGAGGUGAUGGUCACCGUAGAAACGAUCGGAAGCGAGAAAUGACGUACAGAAGCGAGAAGGGAGAUGGAUGUUCUGAAGAAGAACGGGGUGCAAAGAAGGAGGAGGUUGGGGAGGAGAGAAGGGGAGUGAAGGGGAGAUUGCGAGAAGAGGGCGGAUGGUGGGGGGCGAAUGGGUCUC